AGAAGCACUGGGGGUUACGAGGUCUGGCGCCUGAUUUUGAACAUGAUACCCGCAGAUCAAAAAUUUUGUCCAUACGACAUUAGCGCCGCGUAUGAUUUUCCCGUUUUGCCGCUCGCUCCAACCCAAACAACAGCUCGGUCUCGUAUGGGCGUGGCCCUCUGUCCGCGUUAAACUGGAGUCACUGGUCUGGUCCUGGUUCAGUUAUCAUAAUUGAUACAGUACCGGGAGCUUCAACAACCCAAAAUCCAAUCCUAGUACCCUCUUCACCAUUUUUUGGCGUCUGCUGUGGAUUAGUAACGCGUAUGAUUAUUGCUAAUCGCGAGCCUUUUAUUUGAUAGUGAUUACUGAAUCAAUUGCAGUUUAGAGCACUAGCUGACAGAUUGGGAAAUGGGGCAGCCGUCCGGGCCGCCUCCCCUAAUUCCUUCCCCCCCUCCGCCUCCCCCUCCGCCAUCCCUACCACCGUUGCCUGUCAUCCAGGCUGGUGCCAAUGACGCCGGUUGUCAAGUGCGGUGCGCGGGUUGCAAGAUGAUCUUAACGGUGGGAGCCGGCCUGACCGAGUUCGUAUGCCCUAAGUGCAAUUUGCCGCAGAUGCUGCCCCCGGAGCUGUUGCGAACUUCACAGCAACAGCAACAGCAGCGCACUGCCGCUGCCCACGGCAUUGAUCCCACAAAGAUCCAGCUCCCCUGCGCUCACUGCAAAGCCAUACUCAACGUCCCCCACGGUCUUUCCCGCUUCAAUUGCCCUCAAUGCGGAGUCGACCUUGCUGUUGAUCUCUCCAAGAUUAGGCAGUUCUUUGCUCCGCCUCUCCCGGGCGCUCCUCCUUUGCCUACACCGCCCCCCCCUGAAGAAGUCAACGAGGUUGCAAUUGAGGUGGAACGAGAAGAAGAUGAAGGUGGUAUGGUUGGGGAAACAUUCACCGACUAUCGGCCUCCAAAACUGUCAAUUGGUCCACCCCAUCCUGAUCCUGUGGUGGAGACAUCAUCAUUAUCUGCAGUUCAGCCUCCUGAACCAACUUAUGAUCUCACAAUCAAGGAUGACCUGGAAAACUCAAAAGCAUUAUCAUGUUUGCAGAUUGAGACUUUGGUUUAUGCCUGUCAGAGACAUCUUCAGCACCUUCCAAGUGGCUCCAGGGCAGGCUUUUUUGUUGGAGAUGGUGCUGGAGUGGGCAAAGGGAGGACAAUAGCUGGGUUAAUAUGGGAGAAUUGGCACCACCAGAGAAGGAAGGCACUGUGGAUUUCUGUUGGUUCAGACUUGAAAUUCGAUGCAAGGAGAGACUUAGACGAUGUGGGGGCAUCCUGCGUUGAAGUGCAUGCCUUGAACAAGCUGCCUUACUCUAAGCUUGAUUCAAAGUCUGUUGGCAUUAGGGAAGGAGUUAUAUUCUUGACAUACAGCAGCCUCAUUGCAUCAUCGGAAAAAGGUCGUACUCGUUUGCAGCAGCUUGUACAAUGGUGUGGACCAGACUAUGAUGGUCUGAUUAUUUUUGAUGAGUGUCACAAAGCAAAAAAUUUGGUCCCUGAAGCAGGAGGGCAGCCAACACGCACGGGGGAGGCUGUUCUCGAGAUUCAGGCUCGGCUUCUUCAAGCUCGUGUCAUUUAUUGUUCAGCAACCGGUGCUUCAGAACCUCGCAAUAUGGGCUAUAUGGUUCGCUUGGGUCUUUGGGGAGCUGGAACUUCUUUUCUUAGCUUCCGUGAUUUUCUAGGUGCUAUGGAGAAAGGGGGAGUUGGGGCACUUGAGCUUGUUGCAAUGGACAUGAAAGCAAGGGGUAUGUAUGUUUGUCGUACACUGAGCUACAACGGUGCCGAGAUUGAAGUUGUUGAAGUACCAUUAGAGGCGAAAAUGAUGGAAAUGUAUAAGAAAGCGGCUGAGUUCUGGGCAGAGCUGAGAGUGGAAUUGAUGUCAGCUAGUGCCUUUCUGACUACUGAGAAGCCCAACUCAAGUCAAUUAUGGAGAUUAUAUUGGGCAAACCAUCAGCGUUUCUUUAGGCACGUGUGUAUGUCAGCUAAGGUGCCUGCGGUGGUAAGACUAGCUAAGCAAGCAUUAGCAGAGAAGAAGUGUGUGGUCAUAGGCCUGCAGAGUACUGGAGAGGCUCGAACUGAAGAAGCCGUUUCAAAAUAUGGUCUUGAACUUGAUGAUUUUAUUUCUGGGCCUCGAGAGUUGUUGCUAAAAUUUGUGGAAGAAAAUUAUCCAUUACCUGAAAAGCCUGAACCACUCCCAGAGGAAAGUGUGAAGGAGCUCCAAAGGAAGAGGCAUUCAGCAACUCCUGGAGUUUCUUUCAGAGGGAGAGUAAGGAAAGUUGCUAAGUGGCAAUCUGCAAGUGAUGCUGAAAGCGAAGAAUCAGAAAUUGACUCUGAAGAAGAAUCUACUGAAUCUGAUGAUGAGUUUCAGAUCUGUGAUAUCUGCAAUUCAGAAGAGGAAAGGAAGAAGUUGCUACAGUGUUCCUGUUGUGGCCAGCUUGUGCAUCCUGCCUGCUUAGUUCCACCUGUUAUGGAAACAGUUUCCAGUGAUUGGUCUUGUCAUUCAUGCAAGGAAAAAACAGAGGAAUAUCUCCAAGCAAGACACGCCUAUCUUGCAGAACUGCUGAAAAGGUAUGAGGGAGCUGUGGAGCGUAGAACAAAGAUAUUGGAAUUAAUUCGUUCUUUGGAUCUUCCAAAUAAUCCAUUGGAUGAUAUUAUUGAUCAGCUUGGUGGCCCUGAUAAAGUUGCCGAAAUUACAGGAAGGCGUGGCAUGCUUAUUAGGGCCUCUGGUGGAAAGGGUGUUACUUAUCAGGCUCGAAACACUAAGGAUGUCACAAUGGAAAUGGUUAAUAUGCAUGAGAAGCAACUGUUUAUGAAUGGGAAAAAGUUGGUAGCUAUUAUUUCAGAAGCUGGGUCAGCUGGUGUUUCUUUGCAAGCAGAUAGAAGGGCCCUAAAUCAGAAACGAAGGGUCCAUUUAACUUUGGAACUACCAUGGAGUGCUGACCGUGCAAUUCAACAGUUUGGCAGGACUCACCGAUCAAAUCAAGCUUCUGCACCUGAGUAUAGGCUACUGUUUACGAAUCUUGGUGGUGAACGGAGGUUUGCAUCCAUUGUUGCCAAGAGACUGGAAUCUCUUGGAGCACUUACACAGGGAGACCGCAGGGCUGGCCCAACUCUAAGUGCUUAUAAUUAUGAUAGUGCAUAUGGAAAGAGAGCUCUGAUGAUGCUGUACAGAGGAAUCAUGGAGCAGGACUCUUUGCCAGUUGUACCACCUGGAUGCUCGUCUGGAAAACCAGAUGCAAUCCAAGAUUUUGUUUUGCAGGGGAAAGCUGCUCUUGUUUCUGUUGGAAUAAUAAGAGACUCAGUUCUUGGUAAUGGAAAGGAUGGCGCAAAGAUUUCUGGGCGUAUAGUUGAUUCGGAUAUGCAUGAUGUUGGGCGCUUCCUCAACCGCCUUUUAGGCCUUCCACCUGAGAUCCAAAAUAGGCUGUUUGAGUUAUUUGCUAGCAUCCUUGAUCUUCUCGUUCAGAAUGCACGUGUUGAGGGACAUUUGGACUCUGGCAUUGUUGAUAUGAAAGCCAAUGCUGUUGAGUUACAAGGGCAUCCAAAGACUGUUCAUGUUGACAGUAUGUCGGGGGCGUCUACUAUAUUGUUUACUUUUACAUUAGAUCGUGGGAUCACAUGGGAGUCUGCGUCUAAACUGCUGGAAGAGAGACAACAGGAUGGAUGUGGUCUGACUAACAAUGGAUUUUAUGAAUCUAAGAGGGAGUGGUUGGGAAGACGACACUUUCUAUUAGCAUUGGAAGGUUCUGCCUCUGGUUUGUAUAAAAUCUUCCGUCCUGCUGUUGGGGAGGCAUUAAGGGAGAUGCCACUUACAGAGUUAAAGGAUAAGUACCGGAAGAUUUCUUCAUCAGAGAAGGCUUGUACUGGUUGGGAAGAUGAAUAUGAUGUUUCAUCCAAGCAGUGUAUGCAUGGACCCAAUUGUAAGCUUGGGAGCUUCUGUACAGUGGGCAGAAGAUUGCAGGAGGUAAAUGUGUUGGGUGGCCUUAUUCUUCCCAUCUGGGGAACUAUUGAGAAGGCUCUCUCCAAGCAGGCCCGGCAAAGCCAUAAACGGAUCAGAGUUGUCCGGAUUGAAACUACCACUGACAAUCAGCGGAUUGUUGGAUUACUAAUCCCAAAUGCUGCAGUUGAGUCUGUGCUUCAAGAUUUGGCAUGGGUCCAAGAUAUUGAUGACUAAGCAACUUUGAUGACACAGUUUUUUUUCCACCUUUGAUGACCAAAGUCACUGCCAGCAAUUUCUUGUGGUAAUGCCCUUGGCAACCUGCGGCAGCAUCAAUGUGCAAUAACAGUCAUAUUUUGGGGAAAAACUGGGUGACUCAUGGUGAAAGGUGAAUUAUUCUUGAUCCUGUUGCAAGAGAAUGAAAUUCCGCUGGCUUAGUAAUUGUUAAUAUCCUUAUUUUUAGGAGCUCAUUUUGGGCUUAUAGUUUCUGUAAGUUACAAGCAUUACCGUGAUAGGCAAAAUGCCGGGGUGAACUAUAGCUGGUUGAGUUUCUGGACAACAUUGCAAGUGUAAUGUAUCAGACACAGGCCUUGCUUUUGCAGCUAAAGCAGUUGAUAGAAAAUGCCUUUCCUUGUGGGUGUUGUAGCUCGUCGUUUAUGUAUAAUAGUAUGGCUUCAACUCAGGAGAAGUAUUUUAGGCUUGGCAGUCUAAACCCAAAUCCACAAACCCGCUCAAUUUGUUCCCUAAUUUGAAGGUUGUGUUGGGCUUUGGGUUACUUUUCGGUUGGGUGUACAAAAUUCAACCAUUUUUCAGGCAGUUUGGGGUUGUUAUUAUUUAGCCAAGUAAAUCGCGCAUCGAUUGUGGCAUUGAAAACUUUUUAUACACCAAAGUUGUGCUUCACUGUAAAUUGCUUCUAGAACUCCGAAUAUUUUUUUUUGGGAAUUUCCAGCACAUUUAUGA